UUUGGGAACCCGUUGUCUGGCCUUUGGUUCGUCCGUCGCAGCAUCGCAGCAAACCGUUUGUUCGCUGGAAACUUACCCACAUCUCCACUACCAAGCGACCAGCAAAGCAGCACAGACGAACCUCGCUCCCACAGCCCGCAAGCAAACCCCCCUUCCUUCCAACACAACCAAAGACAAUGUCGUGGCAGCAGUACGUCGACCAGCACCUCAUCGCGACCGGCAAGGUCUCCAAGGCCGCCAUCCACGGUCUUGACGGCAACCCAUGGGCCACAUCCGCCGGCUUCACCGUUGCGCCUGCGGAGGCAGCAGCCCUUGCGCGCGCCUUUGGCGAUCCCCAGCCCCUCUAUCAGACUGGCAUCGUCCUCAACGGCGUCAAGUACAUGUUCCUCCGCGCCACCGACCGCUCCCUUCUCGGCCGCAAGGGCGGUGAUGCUGGCUGCAUUGUUGUGAAGACCAACCAGGCUCUGUUGAUUGGCGUGUACGAGGGUGGCCUGCAGGGCGGUGACUGCAACAACGUCGUUGAGAAGCUUGCAGACUACCUUGCCUCUGUCGGCUACUAAGCACCACACCACCCUCCUCACCAACCACAACCAACCAGCCCUACAUGCAGAUAACAAUCCUUCCCAGCACCCACACAACACAACAAACAACCCCACAACCUCAACCAACACGAGCACGAGCACCCCGUAUCUGUUGUCGCCCUGCUUGCUCUCCAUCAUCGCAUCGCAUGCUGGACGUUGCUGUGCGACACACAAAGAUCGGAGCUUUUCGCUCAACCCACAUACAUACCCUCCCCUCCCACAAGUUUUUUCUUCUUCUUCUUCCCCAUAGAUGUCAUUCGUUAUUGUUCACUUGCCUGUUGCUGCCAGCACGCAUGCAAUACGCGUCCCCCUUCCCCUUCUCUUCGUUGAUAUGCGUUGUUGUUGCUGUUGUUGUUGUUGUUGUUGUUGUUGUUGUUGUUGUUUUGCGUCUUGUGUGUGAGUGUUGUGUGAGUGGCGAUGUCGUUGUUUACAUCGUCCAUCAUCAUGUUGGACACCUCACACACUCUUUUGUUUGCUCUGUGCUCUUUCUGUCUGUGACACCUGUCAUGUAUGGAUGUUGGUUGUGACACCACAUCAAGAAGAAAACAGCUACAUACAUACAUACCAACAAGCA